AUGAUUGCAAUCAAAAAAGAAUUCGAAACUUCGAACAGAAGGAGAAAUUUUCUUGAACUGCUGGGAUUUAUUCUGUAUCAACACUUUUUCUCAUAUCUAAUAUCUUCAAAAACAAUAUAUACUAUACCUUCAUGGUAUGCUGAUCAUGCACAAGCAGUCACAUGGAUAGAGCGAUUCUUAAUUAUGGAAUCACGCAUAACGAGGGAAGAUGCAAGAUCUAAAGCCAAGCAAUUUGCUGGGGCGGGAAGAUUAUUGUAUGCAAAAUCUUUGGACUCCUGGACACGAUUUCUUGGAGAUGAAGAUAUGGCAAUCGAUAUCUAUUACGCACUGCAGUCAAUCAUUCUGGAUCCCAAAAAGCGAGAGAAGGCCGAUAUUCCGAGGACCGUGUAA